GACACAAUGCCAGCAGAUGGGGAUGUGGAUAUGCUGAAUGGACAGCCGACGGAGCUUGCCACACUCAUGGAGCUCGACGAGGAGGCUCCUGAUCCGAGUAGUAGUUUGGAGGCCACGCAGAUGAUCACAGAGCCGCCGAUCGCUGAGCAGAAGGCUUUCAAGGAGAUCGCUGAGCAGCCGCUUGGUGGUGUGGCUACCCUGGGGUCCGAGCAGAAGGCUUUCGAGAAGAUCGCUGAGCAGCCUGGUGGUGUGGCUCCUGUGGGGUCCGAGCAGAAGGCUUUCGAGAAGAUCGCUGAGCAGCAGCCUGGUGGUGUGGCUCCUGUGGGGUCCGAGCAGAAGGCUUUCGAGAAGGUCGCUGAGCAGCAGCCUGGUGGUGUGGCUACCCUGGGGUCCGAGCAGAAGGCCAUCGAGAAGAUCGCUGAGCAGCAGCCUGGUGGUGUGGCUCCUGUGGGGUCCGAGCAGAAGGCCAUCGAGAAGAUCGCUGAGCAGCAGCCUGGUGGUGGGGCUCCUGUGGGGUCCGAGCAGAAGGCCAUCGAGAAGAUCACUGAGCAGCAGUCUGGUGGGGCUCCUGUGGGGUCUGAGCAGAAGGCCAUCGAGAAGAUCACUGAGCAGCAGCCUGGUGGGGCGGCUGGGUCCGAGCAGAAGGCCAUCGAGAAGAUCACUGAGCAGCAGCCUGGUGGGGCGGCUGGGUCCGAGCAGAAGGCCAUCGAGAAGAUCAUUGAGCAGCCUGGCGCCGUGGCCCCUGUCAUGUCCGAGCAGAACCCCGAGAAGAUCGCUGUGAUGUCCGAGCAGGUGGAGCGGAGCUCGAAUUCCGAAGACAAGCAGCUGAUGGUGGUUGCUGAUGAGGAUGCUGACGGUGCGAAGUCAAAGCCCAAGCAGGCGACAUCAGGUGCUGUGCGAUUCGCUGUGGAGAACCCGCAGCUUCUGCACCAGUUUGAGUUCAAGGAGACAGCUUUUGCGAUUGUUUCCUUUUUUCUAUUCAGUUGUAAUAGCAUAGCCCGGAAGGAGGGGGUUAUGGCGCUGAAGCCGGGCGAGACGGAGCACGACCGGGACUGCAGGUUGGCCCACAACCUGUAUGUUCGCUGCAUGAAGUCCCUGAAGAGUCCGAACUGCCCGCCGUCGGUGGCAGAGAUGUCGCAGAAGGAGAACACCUUAUCUUAA